AAUCUACUUAGAUUGAUUUUUUUAUUUCAGAAUAUACUCCUGUUAGAUAGUUAAAUUAUUUAUAGAUAUAAUACAUACUAUAAAUUAUAUUUGUUCUGCUAUUUUUUCUUUGUUAAUAUUAUAAGUUAAACAUAAAGGGUUGAUUCAAGUAAAAGACAAAACGAUGGCCAAUUCAAGCAACAACGACAAAAUGUCUCAACAAGGACCUGCAUUUGAUUCCAACUGCAUGACUCUAACCCGAUUUGUGCUGCAAGAGCAAAGGAAAUUCAAACAUGCCACCGGUGAUCUCUCUCAACUACUAAAUUGCAUCCAAACUUCCAUCAAAGCCAUUGCUUCAGCCGUUCGCAAGGCUGGCAUAGCCAAACUUCAUGGGAUCGCUGGCGAUGUCAAUGUUCAGGGUGAAGAACAAAAAAAACUUGACGUCUUGUCCAAUGAAUUGUUCAUCAAUAUGUUAAAAGCCUCUUACACAACUUGUCUAAUGGUUUCUGAAGAGAAUGAGAAUUUUAUUGAAGUUGAGACUGAAAAACAAGGCAAAUACAUUGUGACAUUUGACCCAUUGGAUGGUUCAUCCAACAUCGAUUGUUUGGUUUCGAUUGGUUCGAUAUUUGCUAUUUUCCGAAAACAGAGCAAAGGUGCUCCAACUAUUGCCGAUGCACUUCAACCGGGGAAUAAAAUUGUCGCAGCUGGAUAUGCCCUCUAUGGAUCUGCAACGGCAAUUGUUCUCAGUUUAGGCAAUGGAGUCAAUUGCUUUACAUACGAUCCAUCAAUUGGAGAGUUCAUACUCACUGAAGCAAAUAUGCGAGUCCCGGAACAAGGCAAGAUAUACUCCAUUAAUGAAGGUUACAGUUCAACUUGGGAACAAGGUGUUCGAGAUUAUGUUGAAGCAAAGAAAGAUCCAACCAAAGGAACCCCGUAUGGUGCUCGUUAUGUUGGCAGCAUGGUAGCCGAUGUCCAUAGAACCAUCAAGUAUGGAGGAAUCUUCCUCUAUCCCGCCACUAAAAGUUCUCCAAAUGGCAAACUUCGUCUGCUUUACGAGUGCAAUCCAAUGGCAUACUUGAUUACUCAAGCUGGAGGCUUGGCAAGCAACGGUAAAAUCAACAUACUUGAUGUGGUUCCAACAAAGAUUCACGAAAGACAACCGGUAUUCUUGGGUUCGAAGAAAGAUGUCGAGGAGGUACUAAGUUAUCUUAAUAAAUAGACCGUUUGUUAAAAUUUACUUUUGUUUUGUUUUCUUUUGUAAUAAAUUUAUUUUAAUAAGAA